UUCGGUCCUUUCCGGUGCUGUGAACGCUGGCAGCACGUGCGCUGACACCAUGGCGCUCUACAAUUUUAAAAAGAUUAUGGUGGUCCCCACUGCAAAGGACUUCAUCGACCUGACAUUGUCCAAAACGCAGCGGAAAACACCUACCGUCAUUCACAAGCAUUAUCAGAUUCAUCGCAUUCGCCACUUCUACAUGCGCAAGGUUAAGUUCACACAGCAAAACUACCAUGACCGUCUAUCACAGAUCAUAACGGACUUCCCCAAACUGGACGAUAUUCACCCUUUCUAUGCUGAUCUGAUGAAUGUGUUGUACGACAAGGAUCAUUAUAAACUUGCUCUGGGUCAGAUUAACAUCGCCAAAAACCUGAUUGAUAAUGUUGCUAAAGACUAUGUGCGACUGAUGAAGUACGGCGACUCGCUGUAUCGCUGCAAGCAGUUAAAGAGAGCAGCACUGGGACGCAUGUGCACCAUUGUGAAGAGACAGAAACAGAGUCUGGAAUAUCUUGAACAAGUUCGUCAGCAUCUUUCCCGUCUACCUACAAUUGACCCAAACACCAGAACUCUUCUGCUAUGUGGUUACCCCAAUGUUGGCAAGUCCAGCUUCAUCAACAAGGUCACACGUGCAGAAGUGGAGGUGCAGCCAUAUGCUUUUACCACUAAAUCUCUAUUUGUCGGUCACAUGGACUACAAGUACCUUCGUUGGCAGGUAGUGGACACCCCUGGUAUCCUGGACCAUCCACUGGAAGAGCGGAACACAAUUGAGAUGCAGGCUAUCACUGCACUAGCCCACCUGCGGGCCGCUGUGCUUUAUGUAAUGGACGUCUCCGAGCAGUGUGGGCACACACUUUCACAGCAGCUUGAACUGUUUGACAACAUCAGACCCCUUUUUGCAAACAAGCCUCUGAUUGUGGUGGUCAAUAAGUGUGAUGUGAAGAAGAUCAGUGAGCUGUCUGAAGAGAAUCAGAAAAUCUUUACUGAUCUUGUGUCUGAGGGGAUCCCAGUAAUUGAGACCAGCACACUGACAGAAGAGGGGGUCAUGCAAGUAAAGACAGAGGCAUGUGACAGGCUGCUGGCCCACCGUGUGGACACAAAGAUGAAGGGGAAGAAAGUACAUGAUGUCCUGAACAGACUUCAUCUUGCAAUGCCAACUAAGAGAGAUACCAAGGAAAGACCACCAUUUAUCCCUGAAGGAGCAGCUCUUCGCAGAAAGGCGAUGGAGAUUGACGCUCCUAAGAGGAAACUGGAGAGAGACCUUGAGAUGGAGCUUGGAGACGAUUACACACUUGACCUACAGAAAUACUGGGACUUGAUGAAUGCUGAUGAAAAGAAUGAUAAAAUUCCUGAGAUCUGGGAGGGACACAACAUUGCCGACUACAUUGAUCCUGAAAUCAUGAAGCGAUUGACUGAUCUAGAAAAGGAGGAAGAGCUCCGCGAACAGGCGGGUGAGUAUGACUCUAAUGAAGAGAGUGAGGAUGAAGAGAUGCAGGAAAUUCGUCAGCUGGCCAAACAGAUCCGAGAGAAGAGAAAGCUGAAGAUUAUGGAAUCAAAAGAGAAAGAUGUUCAGGGUCCCCGAAUGCCCCGUACUGUCAAGAAGGUGGACAGAGCAACAUUGGAGAAAAACAUGGAAGAACUUGGUUUGGACAUGACAAAUAAAGAUGAUAGUCACUAUGCCCAGCAGAGGUCUCGUUCACUGGUUAGAAAGCGGAAGAGAGAAGCAUCUGUUGUGCCAACUUCACGUACCCGUAGUCAGAGUGCAUCAAAACAACCACGUGAUCAGUCAGGAGUCAGAGAUGCAAAGAUGAUGAAAAAGGUGAAGACUAUGAUGAAGAAUUCUCAGAAGGGAAUGAACAGGCAGGGGAAAAAGGGUGAAUCGGACAGACACGUAUUCGACUUGAAACCUAAACACCUUCUUGCAGGAAAGAGAAAAUCAGGCAGCACCAGUCGACGAUAAAAUAAACAUGGUCUACAGUUCACUUGUGCAUGAGUGCAAGUACAUUUAUAGACCUAACUUAAUAAUAUACGCAUUUUACUGAUAUUCAGGUUUAUUUACAUACCCAGCCUCAAAUAUGGUUAUUAAUGUUAACUGAAGUCAUUUGUAAUGGACAUGUUGCUGGACGUCUGUUGAUUUGUAUGUGGAUGGGAGUGAAAUAAAUCAACAUGUGCUGAUGAAAUAA